AACAACAUUUGAAGACCCAGUUCGUCAAGUUAAGGGGUAGUGAAAAAUGACGUCCCCUGAAGUACAGCAACACAACCAGACAGUACUUGACAACCUACAGCCAGGUGACCUCUUGGAGUUUGAUCGAGGAAGGAUCAAUCAUUGGGCUGUGUAUAUUGGCAACAGGGAAGUCGUGCACUUCCUUGGAGUCGGCGGUGCAGGUGGCCUGAAGCACCAAUGCAAAAAGUGUGUAGUAAAGUUUUGUAAAGGAGUCGUGCACAAAGAAGGGUUUGGGGACGUUCCUGGAAACAGCAAAGUGUAUAAGAACAACUCAAAGGACACGAAAUUAAAACCGUUUCAACCAGACGAGAUAGUAAGAAGAGCAUCAUGCAAUCUUGGUGUAGUAGACUAUAACAUAGUGUUAACAAUCUGUGAACACUUUGCUACAUGGUGCCGGUAUGGAAAAACAGAAAGUGAUCAGGUUGGUGGUCUGUUUAAAGUAGCGGCUGUGGCAGUCGGCGGCUUUACGGUGGCGGUCGGGUUGUUGGCUGCCUUUUUUGGAAGAAAAUAACAGUCGGACUACUCAAUUUCCACAAUAAAAUGGUUGCGAAUUACACAGAAUACAUCGAUCAUGGAAACUGGUUUGAUCUGACGGAUGCACUGUAUUUGAAUGCAAAGUGAUUCACUGGGUUCUACUAGUACUACCAUAUUGACAGUUGCGGAACAAGUCUAUUGACCCUUCACAAAAGAUUCCAUCAUGUAGUAUGAAAUAUGUGAACGCUGUGGAACAAGAACGAUAACUCUUAUACUGUCUGUAUGUUACAGCAGUAACAUGCAAGCUCCAACACCGUGGUUUCAGUAUAUACCAACCUUAUUGUUAUUAAAAUGCCGUUUGUAUUCCGAGACAUUCGUCAUCGCUCACCCCUUUCAAAUUACCCGCAGGGAUUGAGGUACUUUGAUCAUCAACAGUUCAACUGGUUAUGGCAUUAUGCACCUAAAAACUGUAAAAUAUUCCGAUGUUACAAUCGUAUCAUGCUGCUAAUUUCGAAAAUUUUGAUACGGCUAGGGCCAUGAAAGGUGAAGGAUAGCUGUUGGAGAUUACUGUUGGAAUUAAACAGAAAUAGAGUUGCCGUUCUUGUUGGAAGUAGUUCUGAUGUUCAUACGCCAGUAUGAAGUCCCCCCAGAGAGGCAAGAGUCGAUACUUGGCCUGUCCAGGAAUAACACAAGUCGGUCCCGAAUGACUUAUGAUCUUGUUACAAAUUAUUUUAAGAUUAUUUUUAUUUAGUUUGUACGUGAAAUAUGUGAUCCAAAAGCAAUGUUUUGGAGUGCCUUUCUUUGUAACAUAUCAAACUUUUGCCUGACUAUUCCAAUUGGUUUCAGUGUAUUGGAACAGUUUAUAUACUUAUUGUUAGAUGCAGAAAUAGUAUAUGUUAGUUUUGAAUGGUUCGCUCACUCACCACGAGAAUUUUGUAGCUUCAAGCUAGUCACACUGUAUGACCCCAUGUGGGUGUGGUCAGAUCUUCCCAUAGAGGUAUGGACAUUUUUUCACACUCUUGUAUACAAAGUUUUGUAACAUUUUGUACCUAUAGGAUUACGCCAUACUGCAGUAUUAAUCACCAGGCCAUAACUCUGUAAAGCCAUACUUAUCUCGAACCCAAGAUGGUGGUUUCGAAUCUAAGAUACUGCUUUGGUUUGUCGAUACCACACCCGUCUGUUGCCGCAAAGUGCAGAUGUAAUGGAAUAUUUAUAUCACCUUCUGAUUAUAAGUGGUAAAAAUAUACAAACCUAUUCAUUUCAGUGUUUUAAGAGUGGAUGUUUAUCUUUCUUUUCAAGAUUUUGUGCAAUUUUUAUGCAUGUAGCAAAUAUGUCUCCAUUUUGUAUGUGCUUAUUAUGUUAAUGAUUCAAAUCAAAACGAAAGAGAAGCUAGA